CCAAAACCCAAAACCCUUCUUCUUAACAAUGUAUCUCCCCCGCCACAUACUCAUCAGAACCUUCCUUCACUGCCGUCCAUUCUCCCAUUCCGCCGCCGCCAUCCUCCACCCCCCAGAGCCAGACCUAGAGCCGUUCACCUACCUCGAAGGCUUUCCAAAACCUGACCCUAAGUACGACGAGACCAUCCUCGCUAUCCCCCGCAGAGAUUCCGGGAAGAACAUUUCGGCCAAGGAGCGCAAAGUCGGUCGCGUUCCGAGCAUAGUAUUCGAGCAGGAAGACGGCCAGCACGGCGGUAACAAACGCCUCAUUUCCGUCCGCUCCGAUCAGAUCAGGAAGCUCAUUAACCAUCUCGGACGCUCGUUUUUCCUCUCACGCCUCUUCCAUCUACAAGUUCUCCACCAAUUCGACUCUGAUUCAAACCCUAACGAUGACAAUGUCAUUGAGAACGUUCGCGUUUUGCCCCGCAGUAUUCAUUUGAAAGCUGGCACAUAUGCACCUUUGAAUGUUACAUUUAUAAGGGCUCCUUCAGAUGCUUUGUUGAAAGUUGAUAUUCCUAUUGUAUUCAUAGGAGAUGAUAUUUCCCCUGGACUCAAGAAAGGCAAUAGAGAAGGAAGUUUGUGCUCAGAGUGUAAAAAGUUACCUAUAAUUCAAUGAUCAGCAUCACCUCAAAACUGAAUAGACCAAGACUAUGGUUUCUGCGUAGGUUCAAUUUUAUGCUCAUGGGAUUUUAUGCUAGAUGGUAUGUGCAACUGGUUAUAUGUUUUAUGAGAAAAGUUUCUAGUUCUCUGUUCCAUAUGGCUAUGGAUAGCAAAAUGUGGUACAGUGCCAUGUCCAAUAUUUGUUUUAUCAUGAUGGGUUUAAGACUUGGGUGUUUGGAUAAAAAAAAACUUAAUUAAGCUCCUAUUCAACAACAGUUUAUUAUGAGUUGUUUUAGAUCAGCCGUUUCUACUUUCUACCAUCGAAAAUGGAAGUGAGAGAGAUCUCUGCAACUGCAAGAUCUUUAUGUAAACUAUUCUAGAGUUUAUCAAACUAAGGUGUAAAGUUUUUGUAAACUAUUUUCAUAAGCACUUCCAAACAUUUAAACAAGUACUUAUGUGAUAGGGUAAACCUCAAUAAGUGUACUCUAAAUAGGAAUGCUCUAGUUCACUUGGCUUCCAUAAGUGUGGGGUUUGGUGAGAGUUUGGUGCACACAACCUUACCAUGAGCAGAGAGGAUGUUUCUACUGCUGAAAAGCCAUGGCCGGCAGGUUACAAGGCAUCAUGUAACCUUACUAUUAUUCCAAUUGAUAUUAUUUUAGAAGAAAGCUCUCUAC